AUGCGACCCUCAAGAGCGUCGCUGAUCGGCGCCGAUCCCUCCGACGAUCACCUUCACCAAUUUGAAACCUCAUGGCUCCUCCCACCAGCCCUUCUAGCAGCUCUCCGCGGUCUAAUCGCCCUCUACAUCUUCACCACUAUAAUUAUCAUCUGGAUUUGGUACGGCACACACGAUGACCGUAUCGCAAUCGAUGAAUCCUUUAGCUACUUCACCUGGCUUACUUACUGGGGGCUAGGAUUCUAUUUCCUGGUCUCCACCAUCCACACAGCCCUCUACGCACGGACGGGUCGCUCCGUACUCUUCGAUCGCUGCCCUCGCGUAUGUCGCGUGCUCCAUGGUCUGCUGUAUGCGAGUAUCACCACUUACCCAUUUCUCGUGACGAUUGUCUUCUGGGGGAUUUUGUUCAAGCCGCCGUUCUAUAAGGUUACGUUUCCGGGGUGGUCGAAUAUCUCUCAGCAUGGACUCAACUCUCUUUAUGCGCUUCUGGAAAUUUUCCUUCCGGCUACCGCUCCGCACCCCUGGAUUGCUUUUCCGGUUCUGAUCCUCGUCUUGCUGCUUUACCUCUGUGUGGCGUAUAUCACAUACUAUGAUCAGGGUUUCUGGACUUAUAGUUUCCUGAAUCCUGAGCAUGGUAGGAAGAGCGGGACUGUCGCGGGGUAUUGUUUCGGAAUCCUGGCUGCUAUCCUGGUCAUCUUCUUUAUUUCUAUGGGGUUGAUCUGGUUGCGCAAACGAGUGACUGGGGACAAGAGGAAAAGGUCUCCGUAUGAUUCCAUGCGCAGAGAUGACUUCGCGGAGAAUAUCGAGGUGCAAGCGCAGUCAAGUGAGAUGAAAGGGACUGCCGUUUAA